AUGGUGCUUGGUCUUCAACUGGCAUAUCUAGCUCUCAGAGUGUUCUCUCUCGUGCAGCAGGUUGUGGAGCUUGGACAGGCAGCUGUGGCAGAUCGGGCAGUAGACGAAUCUGCUGGUGCAGAAAAUUCUGCAGCAGGGGCAGUAGGCGUUCUAUUUGCUGGUGCAGUGACAGAUCGGCUAGUAGAUUCCAGACUUGUUGCUGGUGAAGAUGAAGAUGCUCUUGAGGCUUGGUUCCUCAAGUUUGCUUGCUUUCUUAAGCUCUUGGCGGAGAAAGUUGCUUUUGUUGAGAAAAAAAGUCUUGCAUCAGAUGAUGAUAUUAUUGGUGAUCUUGGACUGCGAAAACCAAUUGAUAGUUAUCCAUUUGAAAUUAGAGAUUCAUUAAGGAGAAGAUACUUAGCUAAAGGCCCUUGUCAACCAGUUGGGCAUGAAUUUCCAUUCACUCUUAUUCGCGAAAAGAAUCGAAGGUUUCAAGUUGCUUGGUUCAAGGAUUAUGAAUGGUUAGAGUAUAGUGUAUCUAAAGACAAAGCUUAUUGUUUAUAUUGUUAUUUGUUUGCAAAUAACAAUAGAAGUGGGGGAAAUGUUUUUACUGAGAUUGGUUUUAAUAACUGGAAAGAUGGAAGACGUGCAUUUGUUAAUCAUGAAGGAAGUCCUGGUAGCUCACAUAGUGGUUGUAGAAUGAAGGUCGAGCAAUAUCGUAAUCAAAGAGGGAAUGUGAAUCAGCUAUUGGCAAGACAAACUGCUGCUAUGGAAGAUGAUUAUCGCACUCGAUUGUCAACGGUUGUAAGUGUUGCUCGAAUACUUUUAGAGGAAGGUUUGCCUUUUAGAGGACAUGAUGAAUCUGCAGAGUCACUCCACCGAGGUAAUUUUCUAGAACAUAUUAGUUGGGUAUGCAAGCGAGAAGAAAAUGUAAAUAAAGUGAUGGGAAAGAAUGCUUCAGGAAAUAAUCAAUUGACUUCUCCUACGAUUCAAAGGGAUAUUAUUGAAUGUUGUGCAAUGGAAACGAGAAAGAUCAUAUUAAAUGAGCUAGGGGAGAAGAAGUUUGCUCUUUUGGUUGAUGAAGCCCGAGAUUGUUCAGUAAAGGAGCAAAUGUCUUUGGUGUUGAGAUUUGUUAAUGACAAAGGAAUGGUUUUGGAAUGUUUUCUUGGAUUGGUUCAUGUGAAUGAGACUUCUGCAAAAGUUCUAAAAAAUGCUAUUGAUACUUUUUUUGCCAAGCAUGAUUUAUCACUUGCAAAACUCAUAGGGCAAGGUUACGAUGGAGCUGCAAACAUGAGCGGUGAAUUUAAUAGGUUAAAAACACUCAUUCUAAAAGAAAACAAAAAUGCACAUUAUAUUCAUUGUUUUGCCCACCAACUUCAGUUAGUUGUUGUGACUGUUUCACAUGAAUCAGAGAGUGUAGGUGAUUUCUUUGAAACAUUGUCAAUGAUAGUGAAUACAAUUGGAGCUUCGUGCAAAAGAAAUGAUUCUCUUCGAGAAAUACACAAUGAGGAAGUGUUAAAUCAAGUGGAGAUGGGUGAGAUUUCAACUGGAAGAGGUCAGAAUCAAGAAAUAAGUUUAGCUCGGCCUAGUGAUACACGUUGGGGUUCUCACUACACAACAAUAGUUAGACUUUUUGACAUGUAG